AUGGAAAUGUUGAAUAGAGCGUUAGAAAUACUGAAUAGUCAAAAGUGUGAAUUUCUCGUUUUAAUCAAAGAGGAUCAAACACUGGUGGAUAGCUCUUCCCUUAAGUUUACCAAAGGUUUCAUAAGUUCAACCUUGGAGACACAUUUCAGCUAUUUAACAAGUAGCUUAAUUAACAGAGACAACUUGAAAACAAUCGAGAGAAACCCAACGUACUCAUCUUCUAUAUUACAAAAUACAAUAUUAGAUCUAUCAAAGAAAGAUAUAUUGAUUAAUUAUCUCUCUAACGCAUUUAAGUUCCUGAGGCAGGUCCCUUGCAAAUCAAUUGUGAAAUUGUGGAUCAAAUUUAUCGAACCUAAAAAGAAAACUAAAUACCCAUACAUAGGAGGCGAUGUUACGAAGCCAAGUUGGUGGCCAUAUAAGGUAGAGCACAAAGAACCAGAUCAUUUACAAAAGCCUGACAGGUUGGAAUUAAUGUGUUACAUCAUUGUAACAGUUUUACCAAAUAUAAACGACCUUGAGCUCAUUGACGAUUUGAAAAAGGCAACAAUGGCUUUACCAUUGUUCGAAAAGGAUGCCAUUAGAAGGGAGGUAUUGUUGAAUAUCUUCAAAAUAUCUGGGGCGCUAUGUAAAGAUACUCCAAACGACAUAUCAGUCCUGGAUCUCUCAGCAUUACAUAAAAAACCUUCGCCAUCGAGAAAUCUCCAACAAUACUGUUACAAAAACAAAGAACAAAGUAAUGGUGCGCUUUUAAAACUGAAAUGCAAAGAAAAAGUAGUGGAAAAUCCUCCCUUAUCAGUAUGUGAUCCUCAUCUUCGAUAUAGCGAGUCAGUUGGAUUUAAUUCCGAUGUUUAUACUAGUAACGUUGACGGCUCAUCGGUACUUUUGGAACUGUUAAAAGAUCCACAAAUUGACUAUCUGCCGUAUACAAAAGAAAGCGAAAGUGAGUCACACUCUUCCUUUAUAGACGCCUAUAGACUCUCGGAAUAA